GCAACGCGCCCGUAAGGCUGAUGUGUAUUUUUUCGCAUUGCUGCAAUGCCCGGUGUUCCAGCGUAUGCGAUGCACCGUAAAGUGCGCCAAUUGUCACCUGUAGAAUGAAUUGUAACGCACUCCUGUGGUUGUACAUGAAGCUCGAGAACAUGAUGAUGUCAACGCAUCACUGGAUCAUGUCGAUGCUGUUCCAGGAUUUACGAUCCCACAAGUACGUGGCAAGUUUCAGCGCAUCGUUCAUGAUCGUCGGCAUCGUUGUGCUGCUCGUGAGCUUGGCUCUCGUUUGGACUCCGUCCGUGUGGAACCUGAAGCGGCCGCGGCAGGCCGCGUCCAAGUUGGAGCUCACGCCUUACAAGAGCACGGAGUUAGCAGACAAGCAGAACACGCGCACGCUGCCCAAUUUCCUGCCGGACAGCAACGAUCUGGAGGUGACCGAAGAGGAGAUCGUUGACGUCUACAAUCACCUUCCCACACGGAAGAGGAAUAACGACGAUGGCAGAAACGAUGUGGAAGCCCUGACAUCACUGAGGGCAGCACUGCACAUGGUAGCAUUGAACAAGUAUGAGAAGGCACUGAAGCUGUUCCAGCAUGCGCUCAUCCUGAGUCCCAGCCAUCCAGACAUACUCACAGAGUACGGACAGUUCCUUGAGAACCACAAGCAGGACUUCAUCAAGGCUGACCAUAUGUACAGCCGUGCCCUAGUUGCGAAACCAGACCACUCACAGGCACUGGUGAAUCGUCAGCGCACGCUGCCUGUGGUGGAGAAGCUGGACGAGAAGCAACUGACACGCAUAGACAAGAAACGGCUGUUUCUCAUCCAGAUCCCGGAGGGCGACCCAUCCCUCAAGCGCAUGAAGAAGGAGGCCUACUUUCAGCACAUACACCACACAGUGGCCAUUGAGGGCAACACCAUGACACUUGCACAGACACGCAUGGUUGUCGAGACGCGCACAGCUGUGCCAGGCAAGAGCAUCAUGGAGCACAACGAGAUCCUGGGCUUAGACGCUGCACUCAAGUUUGUCAACAACACUCUGGUCAACAAGGCACUGCUCACGGUCUCGGACAUCUUGGCCAUGCAUCGCCGUAUCCUAGGUCACGUUGACCCUGUAGACGCUGGAACCUUCCGGAGAACACAGGUGUUUGUAGGUGAACAUACGCCACCAAAAGCUUCAUUGGUUAGGGACCUCAUGGAGGACUUCGUGGACUGGCUCAACUCUGAGGCAGCACUCAGGCUGCACCCAGUCAAGUACGCAGCACUCGCUCACUACAAACUGGUCUUCAUUCACCCUUUCGUUGACGGCAAUGGCAGGACAGCACGACUGCUGAUGAACUUACUCCUGAUGCGUGUUGGCUACCCUCCUGUGAUUGUGCGCAAGCAAGACCGUGCUCUCUACUACGAGUACCUACAGCUUGGCAAUGAGGGUGAUGUCAGACCAUUUGUGCGUUUCAUUGCAGAGUGCACAGAACGGACAUUAGACGUUUACCUUUAUGCAACCGAGUACACCAAGCACCAGAGAGCAUUGACUAGCCAAGACAGUAAUGAGGGUGAAGUGGCAUUUGUAAGCUAAACUGUGUUAUAUACAAAGACAUUGCUAGGUUGCAAGCCAAAGAAUGUUGGCUGACAAAACCAUGGUCAACAAAUGAGUGCCCUUGCAGGCCCAAUGUUUCUCGUCCGUUGGCGUGCUGCAACCACAAGGGCAUAGCUACAAGUGACAUUCUAUAAAUUCGUGACGAUUUGGCGAAUUAAUCACGAUGCUGAACAAGGUGUGGCCAGCAGUGCCUUCCAGCAUGAAUAAUUGUACAUACUGUUAGUUGUGCUAUUUAUGUAUUUAUGUGCUUGUUAUGCAACACCUUUGUUGAAGGUUUAUGUACAAAUGGCAGGAAAUUAUUUCGAGAUUAUGCUCUCAGUAUUGUUUUAAAAAUAAACGUUUCAAUGCACUCGUUAA